CGGCCCCUCAUGGGGCUGACCUGGAAGAAGCGGGUCCUGGCGGCCCUGCAGGGGGCUGCGGUGGCCUCAGGCCUCACCACGCUCAUUCUCAUCCUGGUGGAGGCCACCAGUGUCCUCUUGCCUGCAGAGACCAAGUUUGGGGUCGUGUUUGACGCCGGGUCCUCCCACACGUCCCUCUUUGUGUACCAGUGGCCGGCAGACAAGGAGAAUAACACAGGUGUGGUCAGCCAGGCCCUGGCCUGCCAGGUGAAAGGGCCUGGAAUCUCCUCCUACGCCUCGGAUCCUGCCCAGGCUGGCGAGAGCCUGGAGGACUGCCUGGCGGAGGCACUGGCGCUGGUCCCGGAGGCUCGGCGUCGGGAAACGCCCGUGUUCCUUGGGGCCACAGCCGGCAUGAGGCUGCUCAGCCAGAAGAACAGCUCCCAGGCGGGAGACAUCCUCGCGGCGAUCAGUCGGGUCCUGGGCCGGUCUCCCCUGGACUUCUGGGGUGCUGAGCUCCUGGCUGGGCAGGAUGAAGGUGCCUUAGGUUGGAUUACCAUCAACUACAUCCUGGGCAUGCUGGUCAAGUAUUCCUUCUCUGGAGAAUGGAUCCGGCCUCUGGAGGGGCCCCUGGUGGGCGCCCUGGACAUGGGUGGGGCCUCCACCCAGAUCACCUUUGUGCCCGGAGGCCCCAUACUGGACAAGAGCACCCAGGCCACCUUCCGCCUCUACGGCUCUGAGCACAGCGUCUACACCCACAGCUACCUCUGUUUCGGGCGUGACCAGAUGCUGACCAGGCUCCUGGCUCAGCUGCUGCAGAGCAGCCCCGGCCCCCUGAUCCGCCAUCCGUGCUACCACAGUGGCUACUGGGCCACGCUGUCCCCAGCGACCCUGUAUGAGUCACCCUGUGUCCACACCACACCCCCCCCAGGCCUGGCCUGGAACCUCACUGUGGAGGGAACAGGGAACCCCGAGGCCUGCGUCUCUGCUAUCCGGGGCCUCUUCAACUUCUCCAGCUGCGAGGGCCGAGGACACUGUGCCUUCAAUGGGGUCUACCAGCCCCCCGUGCGGGGCCAGUUCUACGCCUUCUCCAACUUCUACUACACCUUCCACUUCCUGAACGUCACCUCCAAGCAGCCGCUGGCCACCGUCAACGCCACUGUCUGGGAGUUCUGCCAGAGGCCCUGGAAGCAGGUAGAGGCAAGCUCGCCCGGGCAGGACCACUGGCUUCGUGACUACUGUGCCUCGGGCCUGUACAUACUCACGCUGCUGCUCGAGGGCUAUGGGUUCAGGGAGGACACCUGGUCCAGCAUUGAGUUCCGGAAGCAGUUGGGCGGCAUGGAUAUCGGCUGGACGCUGGGCUACACGCUGAACCUGACCAGCAUGAUCCCAGCCCAGCCGCCCGCCCGCUGGCAGGCAGAGAGCUACGGCGUCUGGGCGGCUGGAGUCGUCUUCGCCGUGCUGACUGUCGUGGCUACCCUCGGGGCCACUGCCGUCCACCUCCUCUGGCCCCGGGGCUGAGCUGGGCUGCCCCCUGGCAUUGGUGGGGCCUGGGGGUAGGGGGCUGCCCCAGCCUGGACGGCUGCACGGGCCAGAGCCUUCCCAUGAGCCCUGCCGGGUCUC